UCGCUACUGUUAAAUAACUAUCACAGGGUCUGACCAAUAGUUGAAAAUCUAAUCUGUGUUAGUGAUGCACAAACAAAACAGCAUCCGUUCCAGUGUACUGAGUGCUUGAAUUAACUCACUCCUUCAACUGGUCUAUUUUAGUUGACUAACGUAGUAGGGCAGAGUGAAUGAAAAAAGGGUGCCGUUUUGUAUACAACACUAUAGUUCAGCUAAUGUUCAUCCUGAUUGUUCAUUGGCUGAUUGAUGGCUUCACCUGUGCUUAAUCUUGUUGACUGAUGUUGCGCAGUUUCAUGGUUGGUUGACAGUUUGCUUUUACGCCUGAUUGGCUGGAUGUUUAAAUAAAAAACAGACAGCUGCGAUGUGUUUCUUCAGUGCUGCUGUUGAUGUUAUCACUUUGACUGUUGAAUCCUGCUCAAACAAGACAAGACAAGAACAGGUCCAAACAAAAAUGUAUUGUGGAGCAAUGAAGGUUUAUCAAAGUGUUCUGCUGUUCUUGAGUUGCCAAAUCCUUUACACUCGGGCUUUAGACUGUACUAUAAUGAGUGGUAACCUGAAGCAGAUUGACGCUGGGUCUGGUUCAGUGGUUGGAGUGAACGAUCUAAAUCAAGCGUUUGUGCUGCAAGAUGAUGUCUUCAAUCCGGUCAGCAGAUCUCUAAAGCACUUCAGUGUUGGUCCUGCUGGUCAGCUGGGAGUGAAUGGAACCUACUACAUCUUCAAAUUGAUAAGUGGCAGAUUUGUUCAGUUUCCAGGUCUUUUGAAGCAGGUGGAUGCUGGAGGUGAUCAGAUUAUUGCAGGCGUCAAUAUGAAUGAUGACAUCUUUUGUUUGAACAUGGAUGCUAACAACCAAUGGCCAUCCAGCACCACUCCUUGGGUUACCCUUAAUGGAAAGCUGAAGUAUUACAGCUGUGGCCCUUACAGCUGCUGGGGUGUGAACUCUGCUGACCGUAUCUUUAUCAUGAAGGGUGUGUCCAGUAAUGCCUGUUCUGGGGAUGGGACUUUUGUAAAUAUUCCUGGACUUCUGUCCAUGAUUGAAGUGGGAACAGAUGGCAGUGUCUUUGGUGUCAACUAUGAAGCAAAACUAUUCCAAAGAGUUGGUGUGAGUCGGUCUAACCCUGCUGGCACAGACUGGAUCUCAAUGAUUGCCUGUCCCAUUGGUCACAAACACGUUUCCUUUGACCUGGGAGUGCUGUGGGUUGUCUGUGUUGAUGGCUCCAUCCGUAAAUGUACUCUAUAAUCUUAAUCACUAGAAACCACUAAAAAAAAAAACCCUAAAGAAAUCAUUAACAGACAAAUAAAAGCUUAAUCUUACA